GGCCACUAUAAGAUAUUUUGUCCAUCCUUGGCUGAAAGAUCAUUGUGCUGCAUGACAGUAGUCUUAUUCCCACCAGCCAGUAGUACUCCAUCAAUAUUUGCAGACUCAUAUGACCUUUCCAACUUUAUCCACUUAUCUCCACUUUCCAUAGACACAUCUCUUUUAUUUAUUUAUUUUUAUUGUUGUUUGUUUGCAGAGCUGGGGAUCAAGCUCAGCCUUGUGCGUACUAGGCAAGCACUGUACCACUGAGCUACAUCCCUAGCCCAACACAUCUGUUACUCUGACUUUUCACUGUCCUAGUAGUUUGGGGGACCUUGUCAAACUCUUAUAGAUGACUCAGUAAAUAUGUUACUAAGGAUGUAAUCUGAGUCAUAGGUACGACUCAGAAGAAAACUACAAAGCUGUCUAAAGCUAGAAAGAAAUAUGGGCCCUUCAAGCUUGGCCUUCUUUUAUGAGGACAUCGAGGUGCCCUGUCCACAUCAUGAGUUGGGGCAGAGUAGGGACUUGAACCCAAAUUUCCUCAGUUCCUAUCUAGUGAUCUUAACUAGAUAGUCAAAGGUCUUAUAUUGUUAUCUAUGAUUCUCAGAAGAAAAAACUGACCUAUGAUAAGCUACCACUUUGACAAAGUUAGAAACAAAUAAGCUGCCCUUCUGGUGUCUGAAAGCCAGAGAUCCCUUUUUUGUUUGUUUUGUUUUUCAAGAUAGGGUUUUGCUCUAGCUGAGGCUGAUCUAGAAUUCACUAUGGAGUCUCAGGGUGUCCUCAAACUCACUGAGAUCCUCCUUCCUCUGCCUCCUGAGUGCUAGGAUUACAGGCAUGCACCACCACACCCUAUUUAGAGAUCCUUUUAUGCUGUGUGCACUCAGACUCCUAUAGAAUUUAGAUUCUGGAUCUUCAAUAAGAACCCUGGAAGACUAGUUAUGGAGGGGCCUUUGUGUGGGUCUCAUAGUGUUGGCGGAGUACCAGCAAGCACACUCCUGAUCCCCUCAGUUUGGGGACCUGAUAGGCUUAGAGACUGAGUCCAAGCAGCACUGGGUUCUCUCAGAUUCUGGCAGGUUUCUUUGGCAGCAAAUAGUGUCAGCACCACGGACAGCUCCACGGUUCCACUCCUUUUCCUGGCAAAGAAGCGGAAACCCGCGACUUGCUUUGUCUAGGGACACACUGGUCACCGUUGGCAGUUCUGUAUGGGGGGAGGACUAUGCAUCCCCAAGCAAUCGUUAUGGUGCAUCCGGCGUCUCCUGCAUGCAAUGCUACUUCCAACACUGGCCCCAGGAACACGGAGCCUAGUGUCUGGAGGCGCCCCUCUGGGGGCUCGAAACUGCUGGACUCGAAGCGGCGGCGGGCACUGCUUCCACAAUCAGUGCAUGUUCUGCGCUGACGUCAGUCGGAGCUGUCCUGGUACUAUAUAAGGAUGGCAGCAGUCCCGGGACAGACCCCGUGCUCCCCAAGGCGAACUCAGCCAGCCCCGAGGGACGGAGACUGUAGCUCCGCCUAGCACCGGGCAGACGCUGACUACGUGGCAGGCGGCACCAUGAGGCCCAAGGGACGCGAGGCGCUGCUGGUGGCGCUACUGCUCCUGGCACAGCCGCACCUCGGGAGCAGCCAGCAGAGCCCCGCGGCGGUGGCGGAGGCCGGGGUCCAGGAUCCAAAUCUGCGGUGGAGCCCAGGGGCACGGAACCAGGGCGGCGGAGCCCGAGCGCUCCUCUUGCUGUUGGCGGAGCGCUUCCCGCGCCGGUGGGCGGCCGCGGCAGGCGGCGAGCGGCUGCGACGGGACGACCCUCCACUGUCCAUCGACCUCACUUUCCACCUGCUACGGACCCUGCUGGAGCUGGCACGGACUCAGAGCCAGCGGGAGCGCGCCGAGCAGAACCGCAUCAUAUUCGACUCGGUGGGCAAGUGACCGGCCCGGCCUGGGACCACAGGAGCGACCCUUUCUUCCCUCCCUCGGGCGGAGCGGCUGCGGCCAGAACUGGCUCCGCCGCGCUGUGGAGCGUGGCUCGGCGACACCCUGAACACUGCGUGGUUAUUUUUAAUAAAAGUG